CGCCCCUCCCCCAACCUCCCGACUAGCAUGGUGCGGCGGCCGCGCUCGCCGACAUGGGGGAGAAGCUGGAGCUGAGGCUCAAGUCGCCCGUGGGGGCCGAGCCCGCCGUCUACCCGUGGCCGCUGCCGGUCUACGACAAACACCACGACGCUGCUCAUGAAAUCAUUGAGACCAUCCGGUGGGUCUGUGAGGAGAUCCCGGACCUCAAGCUUGCUAUGGAGAAUUAUGUUCUCAUCGACUACGACACCAAAAGCUUCGAAAGCAUGCAGAGGCUCUGUGACAAGUACAACCGUGCCAUCGACAGCAUCCACCAGCUGUGGAAGGGGACCACGCAGCCCAUGAAGCUGAACACACGGCCAUCCAACGGGCUCCUGCGGCACAUCCUGCAGCAGGUCUACAACCACUCGGUGACGGACCCCGAGAAGCUCAACAACUACGAGCCCUUCUCCCCGGAGGUGUACGGGGAGACCUCCUUUGACUUGGUCGCUCAGAUGAUCGACGAGAUCAAGAUGACUGAGGACGACCUGUUUGUGGACCUGGGCAGUGGAGUGGGCCAGGUCGUGCUACAGGUCGCCGCGGCCACCAACUGCAAGCAUCACUACGGCGUGGAGAAAGCGGACAUCCCAGCCAAGUACGCGGAGACCAUGGACCGAGAGUUCAGGAAGUGGAUGAAAUGGUAUGGAAAAAAGCAUGCAGAAUACACACUGGAAAGGGGCGACUUCCUCUCAGAAGAGUGGAGAGAACGGAUUGCCAACACAAGUGUUAUAUUUGUGAAUAACUUUGCCUUUGGUCCUGAGGUGGAUCACCAGCUGAAGGAGCGGUUUGCCAACAUGAAGGAAGGUGGCAGAAUCGUGUCUUCGAAGCCCUUCGCACCUCUGAACUUUAGAAUAAACAGCAGAAACUUGAGCGACAUUGGCACCAUCAUGCGGGUCGUGGAGCUCUCGCCCCUGAAGGGCUCAGUGUCCUGGACGGGGAAGCCGGUCUCCUACUACCUGCACACCAUCGACCGCACCAUACUUGAAAACUAUUUUUCUAGUCUGAAAAAUCCAAAACUCAGGGAGGAGCAAGAGGCAGCUCGGCGGCGGCAGCAGCGGGAAGGCAAGAGCGCCACGACCACUCCCACCAAGGGGCCCGAGAGCAAGGCUGCCGCGCCUGCGGACGCCCCGAUGGACUCGGGGGCCGAGGAGGAAAAAGCCGGGGCCACCACCAUCAAAAAGCCGUCCCCCUCCAAAGCCCGGAAAAAGAAGCUGAAUAAAAAAGGGCGGAAGAUGGCCGGCCGGAAGCGUGGGCGCCCCAAGAAGAUGAGCACUGCGAACCCCGAGCGUAAGCCCAAGAAGAGCCAAACCGCACUGGACCUCCUGCACGCCCAGGCCGCGCCGCAGACGGCAGCGCCCUCGCCGCAGGACGCGUACAAGUCACCUCAUAGCCCGUUUUACCAGCUACCUCCCAGCGUGCAGCGGCGCCCCCCCGACCAGCUGCUGCUGGCUCCCACCCCGCCCGCACUGCAGAAGCUGCUAGAGUCCUUCAAGAUUCAGUACUUGCAGUUCUUGGCCUACACCAAGACCGCCCAGUAUAAGGCCAGCCUGCAGCAGCUGCUGGACCAGGAGAAGGAGAAGAACGCCCGGUUGCUGGGCGCCGCGCAGCAGCUGUUUGGCCACUGCCAGGCCCAGAAGGAGGAGAUCAAGAGGCUCUUCCAGCAGAAGCUGGACGAGCUGGGAGUGAAGGCGCUGACCUACAACGACCUGAUCCAGGCGCAGAAGGAGAUCUCGGCCCACAACCAGCAGCUGCGGGAGCAGACGGAGCAGCUGCAAAAGGACAAUGGGGAGCUGAGGACGCAGAGCCUGCGGCUGCUCAAGGCUCGGUGUGAAGAGCUGAAGCUGGACUGGUCCACGCUGUCCCUGGAGAACCUGCUGAAGGAGAAGCAGGCCCUGAGGACCCAGAUCUCCGAGAAGCAGAGGCACUGUCUGGAGCUGCAGAUCAGCAUUGUGGAGCUGGAGAAGAGCCAGCGGCGGCAGGAGCUUCUGCAGCUGAAGUCGUGCGUGCCGCCUGACGACGGCCUGUCAGCGCACCUGCGCGGGAAGGGCGCCCUGGGCCGGGAGCUGGAGGCUGAGCCUGGCCGUCUGCACCUCGACCUGGACGGCCCCAAGUUCUCACUGCCCCACUUGAGCAGCGCUAGCCCGGAGCUCUCCAUGAACGGCCAUGUGGCCGGCUACGAGGUGUGUGGUGCGCUGAGCCGGCCCUCGUCCAAGCAGAACACGCCCCAGUACCUGGCCUCCCCGCUGGACCAGGACGUCGUGCCCUGCACCCCGAGCCACGGUGGCCGGCCGCGGCUCGAGAAGAUGGCGGGCCUGGCCUUGCCCGACUACACCCGGCUCUCCCCGGCCAAGCUGGUGCUGAGGCGGCACCUCAGCCAGGACCACGCGGCUGGCGGCAAGCCUGCGGCCGGCGAGCUGCACCCGCGAGCUGAGCACGCCAAGGAGAACGGCCUUCCAUACCAGAGCCCUGGCAUCGCCAACGGUAUCAAGCUGAGCCCUCAGGACCCGCGACCGUCGUCCCCCGCGGCCUUACAGAUGACAGGGGAGAGGGGCAGCGAGAAGGGUGUGAAGGAGCGCGCCUACGCCAGCAGCGGGGAGGCCAUCACCAGCCUUCCUGUCAGCAUCCCGCUCAGCACCGUGCAGCCCAGCAAACUACCCGUCAGCAUCCCCCUGGCCAGCGUGGUGCUGCCCAGCCGCGCCGAGAAGGUGAGAAGCACCCCCAGCCCUGUGUCGCAGACCCGAGAGUCCUCGUCCACACUUGAAAAGCAGAUGGGCGCUAAUGCCCAUGGCACUGGAAGCAAAAGCCUCGCUCCAGCUCCUGCAGGCUUCUACACGGGCUCCGGGGCUGUCAGCGGGGCCCUGGCAGGCAGCCCGGCCCCCCUGGCUCCCGGAGCCGAGCCCGGCGCCUUGGACGAGGUCUCAAGCUCAGGAAGCCUGUUCGCCAGCGUGGGGUCCUGUGGCUCCGCCCCGCAGCACCCGCCCCUUCUCCCACAGUCCCGCGGCUCCGCUGCGGCCUCCCCCGCCCACCCGCUCUGCGCCAGCCCGCGGCUUAGCAGCGCUGCCCAGGGCCCGCUGCCCGAGGCCAACAAAGGGGACCUUCCCUCCGAGGCCGGCGUCUCAGACCCCGAGGGCGAGGCCAAGAGGAGGAUCGUCUUUACCAUCUCAGCUGGCGGCGGCGCCAAACAGUCGCCUCCUGGCAAACCCAGCCCUCUGCCCACGGGCGCCCGCGGGGACAGCGGCCAGGGUCAUGGGCCGGACAGCCGUAAGCGGGGCAGGAGGAAGCGGGCGGCGGCCGGGACCCCCAGCCUGAGCUCUGGCGUGUCGCCCAAGCGUCGGGCUCUGCCGUCCGUUGCCGGCCUCUUCACACAGUCUUCAGGGUCCCCGCUGAACCUCACCUCGAUGGUCAGCAACAUUAACCAGCCUUUGGAAAUCACGGCCAUCUCGUCCCCCGAGAGCCUGAAGAGCUCCCCUGUCCCUUACCAGGACAACGACCAGCCGCCCAUUCUCAAGAAGGAGAAGCCCUUGAGCCAGACCAAUGGGGCCCACUACUCCCCACUGACCUCAGACGAGGAGCAGGGCUCCGAGGACGAGCCGGGCAGCGCCAGAAUUGAGAGGAAAAUUGCAACCAUCUCCUUAGAAAGCAAAUCUCCUCCAAAAACCUUGGAAAGUGGUGGUGGCCUGACCGGGAGGAAGCCGGCGCCUGCCAGCGAGCCCGCCAACAGCAGCAAGUGGAAAUCCACCUUCUCGCCCAUCUCCGACCUCGGCCUGGCCAAGUGCGCCGACAGCCCGCUGCAGGCCAGCUCCGCCCUGAGCCAGAACUCCCUGUUCACUUUCCGGCCACCCCUAGAGGAGCCUGGCCUGGCCGAUGCCAAGCUGGCUGCCCACCCGAGGAAGGGCUUUCCCGGUGCCCUGGCGGGGUCCGGGGGACUAAGCCCCAGCAGCAACCCUCCCAACGGCUUCGCCUUCAGCGGGGGCCUGACCGCCGACCUCAGUUUACACAGCUUCAGCGAUGGUGCUUCUCUCUCCCACAAGAUCCCGGAGGCGGCCAGCCUGAGCGGCCCCCUGAGCUUUCCCACCCCGCGGGGCAAGGAGGGUGCCGCUGCAGAGCCCGGCACCUUCGUGAACAAGAGGCAGCUGGACGGACUGAGUGGCCCCAAGGGCAGAGAGGCGGGCGAGCCGGGCCUCCCAGCAUGUGGGCCCCCAGACAAGGCCUCGCUGACGCACAGCAAGCCGGGCAAGGGCCGGGACCGCGAGCCCGACUUGAAGAAUGGCCACAACCUCUUCAUUUCUGCCGCCACGGUGCCUCCCGGGGGCCUUCUCAGCGGCCCGGGCCUCGCCACAGCGGCGUCCUCGACGGUCAGCGCGGCUCCCUCAGCCCAGACACACCGCCCCUUCCUGGGCACCUUUGCCCCCGGCCCGCAGUUCGCCCUGGGUCCCAUGUCCCUGCAGGCCAACCUGGGCUCGUCCGUGCUGCAGUCCCUGUUCAGCUCCGUGCCGGCCGCCGCUGGCCUGGUGCACGUCUCAUCCGCCGCGACCAGACUGACCAACUCGCACGCCAUGGGCAGCUUCUCCUCUGGGGUGGCAGGCGGCGCAGUUGGAGGUGUCUUUAACCACGCGGUGCCUUCCGCCUCCGCUCGUCCGUUUGGAGCCAGUUUCGGCGGCGGGGCAGCGUGUCGCAGCGGCACGCUGGGCUUAACCGCGCUGCAGGCGGUGGCUGGCGCCCCCGCGUCUUCCUUUCAGGCCCCGCCCCCGCCCCCGCAGGGGCAGCCCGCCCUCCCCGCACCCCCUCCCCCUAACGCUGCCUUGCCUCCUGCCCCUGCGCUGCUCCCGGCUAACCCUGAGCCCGUGCUUCUGCAGAACCUUGCGUCCCUCCCGGCUAACCAGGCUUUCUUACCCGCCGCCUCUGCCGCCUCUCUGCAGCCUGCUAACGCCUCUCUGUCCGUCAAGCUCGCCUCCCUCCCGCACAAGGCCCCCCGCCCCUCCUUCACGGUGCACCACCAGCCCCUGCCCGGGCUGGCCCUGGCCCAGGCUGCGCCCGUGAUCCCACAGGCCAGCUCCACGGGGCCGUCUGCCGUGUGGGUUUCCCUUGGCAUGCCGCCUCCGUAUGCCGCGCGCCUUGCGGGGGUUAAGCCGAGAUAAAGACCUUGCUUAGCUAGACGUUCGUAUUCUGUAAGGUAACUAGGAUUUCUACCUCAACCGCGAGACCUAUGCAAGGCCGGCCCGGCCGGUGGCCCCAGGACGGCGAGGACGGACCGCAGACAGGGACGAGGCUCUACUGUGAAUCCGCACUGUGCAGACCCGCAGAGGCGCUGGGGCCCGGCCGCGGCUCAUGCUGUCGAUAGUUUUAGAUAAAGUAUUUAUCGUUUUUUAAAAAGUAUAAACAACUCUGACUUAUUUUACUCCACCGAAGUCAUAAGGCGACCCGUUGAGAAGUGUAAGUACUGUGUGUGAGAGGACCUACCUACCGACGUCCCGGAGGCCCGCCUGCCGCCGCGCCGGCCGCCGUCCCGGUGCUAUCUCCACGCGGGCCUUGGCCCGCUUGCGCUCUUGGUGCUGACUGGAGGUUGAGCAACGCCAAACCAGGCCGUGAGGCGCCUGCCCUAUUUAUUCCCGCCGCUCUUCCUAUACCAAAGGCACGGCCGUCUCCAGGCAGAGGGUGGCUGGCUCUGUCGUGACAUUCCUCAGAAAAGGCCCUGUCCCCGAGGGGGCGCCCGCCCCCACCCCAUCACUGUGAACGGCUCCUGCAGACUGGUGGCCGCUCGGGCCUGGCGUCGGCGCCUUUGGCAUAGGAACGGCCGGCGGGCGCGGGCCCGGUCAGAGCCUCCCCUGUCGUGCGCGGCCCCGUUCUGGGUGGUGCUUGAGGAAGGGCUGGUACCCGACCCCAGCGGCAGCGGGCCCGGUGCAGCAAGUGCAUUUACUUUGGUUCCGCUCGGCUCGGGCUCCCCCCUGCGGUCCGCCGGAGCGUGCGGCGAGCUCCCGGCACGGGCGCUGGGCAGUCAAGGGGGCUGGGCUGUCUGUACAGAAGAGAGUCACGCUGAGGAGUGACAGUAUUUUAUAGAGAUGUGAUAAAAAUUUAUAAAUUUCAUAGACUUGACUUCAUAUAUUUUUAGAUUGUAUAAUGCACAGUAAACUAAAGAAGAAAAAGUGAGGGGAAAACCUUUCUAUUUAUUCAAGUGCACACAGUGGCACGGGCCCAGGGCCGGCCCUCCGCCCCCAACUGCGUGCCCACGGUUCCUGGGGCGGAGUGCUUGGCCCCGUGCCCUGCCCGAGGCCCUCUGGCCCUUCCCUGCUGCUCCGCUGCAGCCCCACCCGCCCUGCAGCCGCUGUGAUGGUGCCUGGGAGUGAAGGUGCUGGGAGUGGGUGCUGGGAGUGAAGGUGCUUGGUAGUGAGUGCCCCUCCCUGCAUUCACCGGCCAGGGCAGAGCCGGGAGAGCUGUCCAGAUGCUUCCAGAAAGUGCCAGCAGGAUUCUCCAGCUCCUCCAGCGUAACAGUCUGACCAGCGUCAUGUCUGUGCGCAGUCUUCAAAAGGGUGCGUCCAGAAGUCCCCAGGCCCCUGAAAGGGCGAAGUCAGCCAAGGUCCUGGCAGGGGGCCCUGGACCCCAAGAUGGGUGCUUUAGGAAGGGCUGAGCUGGUGAGGUAGGAGCCCUGUUCUCAGGUGCUUGCACCCACCGAGGAACACCGGGAACUUGCCUCUUCCCAGAGGUGGGCUGUGCAUCACGGGUGGGCCCUGAGCUCCUGCCUGGGGAGGGUCAGGGCACCAGGCCGGCCUGGCCUGCUUCCUCCUGAUCCCCACUCUCCUGAGGGGCAGGCAGAUGCCUUGAGGCACGCGGGCCAAAGAAGGCCACCGCAGGGCCCUUUCCGGCCUGCAGCCGCCUCCUGAAAGCAGACUGAUCCGUGCGGCGCAGGUCUGGCCGUCGGCGGCUCCCUGGUUCCCCCAGGCAGGGGCCUGCCAGAGCUCUGCUUUCCUGCCUGCCCUGGGGGUGGCCCAGAGCAAUAGUUGAGGCAGAAGAUGGUGCUCGUGAUGGGUUCUUGAAACUGGCCCGUCCUUCCGUAACUGGCCGCCCUGGCUCCUGCCCUCUGGGUUGGUGCUCCCGGCGCAUGAAGGUGCUGUGCCUCUCCCCUGUGAACCCAAACCCCCGCCCCCCAGGACAGGGCAGUGUUUGCUCCCCCCCAUCAGGCGCACAGGGCUCCCUGAAAAGAUAUAGGGUGGAUGGCAGAGGUCAUACAGGAGUCCCCGGGGUAGAACAGAGCAGCCCUGUCCAGGCACACGGCACGUCACCUCC